AGUAAGAUGAACCUCCAGCUGUACCAGGUGGACCAGAAAAGUUUUCUGCUCGACUUUAAGAGCUUGAAUUUGGUAGAUGUCUCCGAGGGGUCCCUUGGAAACUCCCUGUCCGACUCCAUGGGGCGGAGCAUGUCCGGCUCCCCGCCUUCCUCCCUAUCUGACCUUGAUUACUCCUCAGACAAUGUCUUGUUUAUGCCUGGUAAGUGUCACACUAACACUAUAGAGGGGUCAUCAUGUCUGUAGCUUGUC